AUGCAAAUCGCUAUGUCGCACGUCAAGGACAUUCCGGUGCUUUUCCUCUGGAAAAUUGUCGGCCCAGCUGGAGCACAGGAAUCGCACCUGUCAGCAACAACGAACUUCCACACGCUCUUCUCCACGCGCGUGGCAAGUAUCCUUAUCUCGGAGCUCCACCCCGCGCUCGCCGCCGUGCAGGAUAUGCAGGAGUUCACGGGCAUGUCGUGCAUGGAUGCGGGCACGUGGGUGAACGUCAACGAGUUUAUCGUCGGCGUCGCGCGGAAGACGGCGGGUUUGCCUGCAGUGACUAUACUUGGAAAGAUCAAGGUGACUUAUCGUACGUACGCACUGUCUGAAACGGAGUCUUCACAGUGCUGCCAUGCGAGCAAGCAAGUAGAAUAUUGA